GACUGUUCAAAAAAGAAAGAAACUAUAACUAACUCCUAUAACAAACAGUGUUCUUGAACACUUGUUUUGCACUAUAGUUCAAUACUUUUCAAUCAAUCCUUUACUGCAUAAAUGUUGGAAUAUCAAUUAUGUGUAGUAAUAAUGGUGUUGGAUAGUUAAAAAAUUAACAGCUAAAUUACCAAAAACAUUUUUAUAGUAAAAUGUGAAAUCCAGGGAUUUGGUAAUGCAAACAGAAGAGAGAUAAAGAGGAAGGAAAAACCAUUAUUCAUUACACAAGUAGAGAGGACAUAUAUUUUAUACCAUGGACCUGCGCCGCUAUAAGAAGUUGAUGAUACUGACAGCCAUAUUUCUAAUCUUGGUAGCAAUAGCUGUUCCAAUAAUAAUAAUAACAUUUGGAAAAAACAUCAAUUCUUAUUAUUUGAACAGAGGUGCAAUUGUUUCUAACGGAGGUCCAUGUUCAGAAAUUGGAAUGAACAUAAUGAGAAAAUAUGACAAUGCAGUCGAUGCGAUAAUCGCGACGCUGCUGUGUGACGGCGUGACAAUGAUGAGCACGAUGGGAGUUGGUGGAGGAUUUGUAGCAACAAUAUAUCAGAGGAGCGAGCGCAAAGCUUUCUCGUUAAUUGCACGAGAAACAGCACCAGCAGCGGCAAGCAUCAGCAUGUUCAAUCAAAACAGCACCCUUUCAAGGAACGGAGGCCUAGCGAUAGCAGUACCUGGGGAAUUGAUGGGAUACUGGGAGAUGUACCAAAAAUUCGGCGGAAGGGCACCAUGGAAAGAAUUAUUCCAGCCAACGAUCGAACUUUGCAGAAACGGUGUACCGAUUAACAAACAUCUAGCUGAUAAUAUAAUAAAUCAUAAAAAUGAAAUUAUGGAUUCUAAAAGUCUUUUAAAGUUGUUACAAAAUGACAAGGGAGAACUGCCUGUUGAAAAUGAUAAAAUAAAAAUGCCUAAAUUGGCUGAGACGUUGACUCUUGUUGCUGAGGAGGGACCACUUGUUAUUUACAACGGUACUCUAACUGUACCUCUCGUCAAUGAUAUUGUGAGCAAUGGGGGCAUAAUAACAGUUGAAGAUUUGGCAUCAUAUAAAGUCCGGUGGGAAGAGCCGAUCACUGCCACAUUAAACGGGGGAGUGCAAAUGUUCUCAACACCUCCUCCGGCUUCAGGCCUGAUACUUUCUUUCAUACUACGAGUCCUAGAUGGCCUAAUUCCUUCUUCGAGCGAAGAACAGGAUGUGGCAAUGAUCACGGAAGCUUUUAAGCAUGCCUACGCAUUUCGUUCUCAUUUAGGAGAUCCAUAUUUUGUCAAUAUUACUAAUACUGUAAAAGAACUUCAAAAUCCAACAAUAAUUGAAAAUGUCAGAAGUCAGCUCAAUUUAAACAAGACAUCAGUAAAUGCGAGUGACUACGGUGCUCAAUAUUUUACUGAGGAUCAUGGUACAGCAAAUAUUGUGGCAGUAGCACCCAACGGGGACGCUGUAGUCGUCACAAGUACAAUUAACUUGAUUUUUGGCAGUAAGCUGUUGUCCGAGAGUACUGGGAUUAUCUUAAACGAUGAAAUGGAUGACUUUUCUUCUCCUGGCAUAAAUAACUAUUUUGGAGUUACACCCUCAGUUUCGAAUUUUAUUAAACCCGGUGCGAGGCCGGUGUCAUCGAUGUGUCCGGCCAUUUUUGUAAACCGUGAUGGUGAUGUGAGACUAGCAAUAGGUGGUGCAGGAGGCACAAAAAUCACUACUAUGACAGCUCAAGUGGCAAUAAAUAAUCUCUGGCUUAACAGGAACAUUAAGGAAGCUAUACAAUCUCCAAGAUUUCAUCAUCAACUCCUCCCUAUGGAAUGGGACUAUGAGUCAGCUAUGAAAAAGUCUAUUGUAAAUUAUAUGGAAAGUCUUGGCCAUUUAGUCAAAGAAACGACUUACAUUCCGGCAUUUAUAACAGCUGUAUCAAAUGUAGGAAAUGAAAUAAUGGGAAGUGACGAUUUACGCAGGCCUGGUAAUGUAUCGUACUAUACGAAUGAAAAAUAAUUUUAAAUACAAUGCAAUUUGGAAAUGUUUUAUUGAACGGAUGUCCUUUCACAAUAAAACACUUUCUUCUCCGUAU